AUGGGGGCUGGUGAUGAUUCCUCGUUCUUCCUCUAUGGUGUGGGGGAACGGCCCGAAGCGUUGACCCUGGGUACGUUGGUGCUGGAAAAGUACUGGCAGCCAAUGAAUGCCCGCCACUAUACUCACCCACUUCUCAGCGAUCAAGCACUGCAAGAGCAUGCUUAUACGACAAACCUGAAUAACGUUGUGUUUCAUGGUUCUUCUCGUGUUUCACCCUCGGUUGGGGUUGAAGGGUUGGACCUGAUCAACCUCGGUCUGGCCUACAACAAGGAUCUGGAGCGCAUGUCUUACAUUGUUCGCAGCCCUGAAACAUUUUUCAGUACCAGUGUUCUGAACACCCCACUGGCGCAGCAGAAACUGAAGCUUUGGCUGUCUGCUGCCCACAGUGAUUACGUUCUGAAUUUCAAGUUUGCUCGACGACCAAAAGUCUGGCUCCUUACUGGUCUCUACUUGCUCGAGGGAGCGCGUACAAUUGUUUCAAUGGGACAGUCGUCAGAGAUAUCGGUGGGCGUUUCAUCGGCCAUCAUUGGGGCGCUAUCCGGCGUACCUGUCGGUGGGUCCGUCAGUCUGGGCGUAGGAUCCUCAUGGGAAAUGGCUAUGGAGGUCAGCGAUCCACAUGUCUGGGCGGCCCAGUACCGACUCCUGGAUGUUCACUUUAUCAAAAUGGGCAAAGGCGGCGUAGAAGGGGUGAAACUGCCAACAACGAUGGGCCUUUAUCGGGAUAUCAUGUCGGUCAACACCGCCCGAGGGGGCGAAGGCAACUCGAUCAAGCUCGGCCUCGAGGACACGGAGUCCGAAGAGGGGGCAGCGGAUGAUCAAGACAGCACGGAAUUGGAAGAAUAUGAGCAGUGGCUGGAGGAAGCAAUCAAAAUAUUUGAGAAAGCGCCGAAGCAUUAUCUGCAGUGA